UGGACAACACGAGCUUCGGCUUCUCGACCUUCGGCCGAUCAUAAUAGUUGGACGCCUGGGAUCGUCGAUCGAAGUCGUCCUCCUACUCCCGAUCCACGCGCCUCUGUUCUUCCCCAUCGACCUGCUCGUGGUCUCGCCGCCUUGCAUGUUCGGCCCGUUCGCGCUCUCGAUCGUCCUCGUCAUAUGGCUGCUCGUACUCGC